ACAACCUGGAAAUCCUGUUGUUCUGACUGCAGGUGUAAUUAACUCACACGGGCAGUCCGGAGAUGUCUUCAGUCGUCGCAUGCAUCUGACUCUUCUGGACAACGGGUGCUGUCUCUUGGUGUGGCGCAGUGUCUUCUGGAUUUGACUAGUCAGUAAUGGCAGGUAAACGCUGCUGUCCCUGUGGAUCCAGUAUAGAAGAGCCCAAACCAGUUCCUCUGUCUACCACAGCACCAGCUCUGGCCCCAGCUGACCGGCUAUGGAGCACCAGCAGAGACAAGGCAGUCCAGCUGAGGAUGGAGGGCUCAGGCCCGGCCUCGGAAACUCCAAUGACCAUCCAUCAGAUGUUCCUGGAGACGGUGCAACAGUAUGAACACUUUCCAGCCUUGGCUUACAAGAAAGACGGCCGGUGGGUGACUGUGACAUGGAGGCAAUACUAUGAUCAGUGCCGGGCAGCUGCUAAAAGUUUCCUCAAGUUGGGGCUGGAGCGUUACCAUGGCGUGGGGAUUCUGGGAUUCAACUCCCCCGAGUGGUUCAUCGCAGACAUCGGCAGCAUCCUCGCCGGUGGUCUAGGAACUGGAAUUUACACGACCAACUCUCCUGAAGCUUGUCAGUAUGUGGCCGCCAACUGUGAGGCCAACGUCUUGGUUGUGGAGAACCAGAAACAGCUCGACAAAAUCCUGCAGGUUAAAGAUCAUCUACCUCAUCUGAAAGCCAUUGUCCAGUAUAAAGGGGAGCUGCAGCAGAAAGAACCUUUCCUGUAUACAUGGGCAGAGUUCAUGAAGCUGGGAGAGGACGUGCCUGAGGAGCAGCUGGAUAAAAUGAUCGACAGCCUUCGGGCCAACGAGUGCUGUACUCUCAUCUAUACGUCUGGAACCACCGGCAACCCCAAAGGAGUCAUGCUGAGCCAUGACAAUGUGACAUGGACAGUCCGCAUGGCUCUAUCCAUUGUGAAUCUUAAACCUGCCGAGGAGGUGGUGGUCAGUUACCUGCCACUCAGCCACGCAGCGGCCCAGAUGUUCGACAUGUGGAUGUGUAUUUGUUAUGCCGUGACGACCUACUUUGCAGAGCCAGAUGCCCUCAAGGGCUCCUUAGGGACCACACUGAAAGAGGCGCGUCCGACAUGUUUCCUCGGGGUUCCUCGUGUUUGGGAGAAGAUGCAGGAGAAGAUGAGAGCUGUUGGUCUCAAGGCAUCCCCAAUGAAGAAGAGCGUGGCGGACUGGGCCAAGUCCAUUGGUCUGCAGUACAACUACAGCAAAAUGAACAAGGAAAAUCAGGUGCCAUGGGGCUUCACGAUGGCUAAUAAUAUGGUCUUUAAGAAGGUGCGUGCUGCGCUGGGCUUGGACCGCUGCAAGAUCCUCUUCACAGGCGCUGCCCCCAUCACCAAAGAAACUCUGGAGUACUUCAUGAGCCUGAACAUGCCUGUGAUGGAGAUAUAUGGCAUGAGCGAAAGCUCCGGUCCACACACCGUCUCCAGUAACGAGGAAUACCGCAUCACAAGCUGUGGGAAGGUGAUGCCAGGUUGCAAGACAAAACUGGACAACCCGGAUAAGGACGGGAAUGGAGAGAUAUGUUUCUGGGGUCGACACGUCUUCAUGGGUUACCUGAACAUGCCCGAUAAAACAGCAGAGGCUCUUGACCAGGAUGGCUGGCUGCACUCUGGAGAUCUGGGAAAACACGACCAGCACGACUUCCUGUACAUCACAGGAAGGAUCAAGGAGCUGAUCAUCACCGCCGGUGGAGAGAACAUCCCUCCUGUGCCCAUCGAGGACGCACUGAAGGCCGAGGUGCCCAUCAUCAGCAACGCCAUGCUGCUGGGAGACAAGCUCAAGUUCCUCUCCAUGCUGCUCACUCUCAAAUGUGUCGUGGACGACAACGGCGAGCCCACAGACGAGCUGAGCCCCGAGGCUUUGGCCUUCUGCCAGCAGCGCGGCGUCAAAUCGACCAAAGUGUCAGAGAUCAUAGCCAAUAAGGAGCCAGCUAUCUACACGGCCAUUCAGGAGGGCUUGGAGCGCGUCAACGCCAGAGCAACGUCCAACGCCCAGAGGGUCCAGAAGUGGAUCAUACUGGAGCGAGACUUCUCUAUUGGAGGAGGAGAACUGGGACCCACCAUGAAACUGAGGAGGCCCAUUGUUGUAAAGAUGUACCAGGGGAAAAUAAAUGACAUCUACGCAGCGACGAAACAGUAGACUGAACUGCACGGAGAGAAGAUACUACUGAGGAGAGAAACGUACGCCGACGACGUCAAGCUGGGAAUUAUAUACACCUCUUUUCACCUGAAUGAUAAAGACCAAGUCAUGAUUAAGAUCAGAGUGUAGCGCAACCGAGACGAGACCAAGACUUUGGGGUGUUGAGACAAAGGCAAUAGCAAGACCGAGGCAGGACAUGCUAAUGCUAAUAUGUCAAAGAAGCAAACCAUAGUCAUGCCUCGAACUGAAAUAUACAGGAUUCCUGUUUAUUCACCUCUUUUGUUACCAUAUACAGGAUAUAUGUACCGGUAUGUAUAAGUAUCCUGAUUGCAUACCGUGGGUGAAUUUUAUGUGUGCGAGUUUUCCUUUGAAUCUAUUAGCAAAUACAAACAAGCACCAAGCUAAAAUCAACUUUAGCAUGUUUUUUCAACACCCCUUUAAUCAUGUUUUACUGUAAACCUAACAUGGUGCAACUUUCUGUGCGUGCAUCAGGCUAGGUAACUGUUGUCUUUGAAUAGAAGCCAUGAGUGUGUACAGUGUAGAGCAAACAUAUUAUUCAACACAGUGAUAUUCCAUCCAGUCCCAAUGUAGCUGAUUCAGAGUCAGAGACGAGACUGACAACUUCAAAAAGAGUUCUUGAAACCAAUCCCGAGUACUUUAACACUACUUUUAUUAUGUCAUGUACAUAUGGCUUUACAGCUGCUGUGCGCCUUUUGUACGUAAAACAUUACAAAUCAGAGCCAAUUAUUGGCAUUUACAGUGAGGCAUCAUGUUCAGUAGCUCACUGGAAACAAUUAUGUUAAAUGGACUUAUAUUCCAUUUAUCCAACUGACCGCUCGAAGCACUUUACAACAGACGUCACAUUCACAUACUAAUGCCUGAGGCUGCCAUGCAGGGUCGGACCUGCUCAUCAGGUCUUGCUAAAGGAUUCUUUGACAUGCAGCUGGUGGAGCCGGGAAAUUGAUCCACCGACCUUCUGAUUACUGAUAGACCCCCUCUAUCCCCUGAGAUGCAGGGGACUAGUUUGACCAUUUUUGAAACUCAAACAUAUUUUAUUUUUAAUUGUUUGUAUUUAAAGAUUUUACAGCAUUAAUUGCCAGUUUCCUGUCUCAUAUUGUGUACACAAGAUAAUCCUCACCUGGCAGAGCUGCAGAAUAAGUAUUUUUAUAAUGUGAUAUGACUAUUGAUGGCCUGAACUUCUCCAAUCACAAGUGUGUGCAAAUGACGAAGCUCACAUUCUACUUUGUUCUAGUCCAUGUACAGUUUGACAAAUAAUGACAUUUUUAUUUUGUGAUAGAUGUUCCAUGAUUGUCAAUAAUAAAAAAAAAUUGUGAUGUGGGUAAAUUGACCAAACUGAGGUCAUAAAGUAGUGAAUUUUUCACAAUUUUGAGGACACACUGUAUUGAACUUGUGUUUCAGUCUUCGGUGUCGGAGAUCACAGCCAUGAAUGAAAAACUGGAGCUUGCAGAUCAACAGGUUUACACGAUCGGAUGGAUCUGUGCAUGGGGAAACCCAACGAGUGGAGAACAAUGCAAACAUUAAGGACCCCAAUGUAUUUAUCAGACUGUCUGGACAAAACACAAAAUGUACUCCCAAUGAAGAUAAACUUGACUUUAACAUUGUUUUUUUUAGUCAAGGGCUGUGAAUGGGAGAGAAACCUUGAUGUUUUCCCCCACGUCGAUGCCUUAUUCAGAUGGCGUAUGAGUAUUAUCAAGGACUUUUAUGACAAUUAUAAAGAUAAUCAGUCCCAUGUGGCUAAAUUUCUUUACGCAGACCAGAGCAGGGAGAUCAAAGUUUAGUGGACAUUAAUCCAGAUUAAUGCAGAUGGUGCCGACAUACUGAGCAGUCAUCAGUCGAGCAGAAGCGUCUGUUCAUUCCAUGUACAGAAUCAGAGGUCACAACUGGACAUUAUCUGUAUGAAAUCCCUUAAAUUCCCAUUUAUAUAAGAGCUGUACAAAAGCUAGUCCCACUGCUGUGCUGACACACUCAGAAAUUAAUCCAUCAGCCUUUUUGUAAAAAUUCACAAAUAUUCAAACGUAUGUAAAGGAUUGUCUCAGGAGCCCACCUUCAUAUGGCGACAGUGGCUCAGAAGGUUGAGCGGGCCAUCCGCCAGUUGGAGGGUUGGCGGUCCGACCCUCAGACACCCUGCUGCACGAUGAGGUAUCAUUAAGGGAGACACUGAACCCGAAACUGCUACUGAUUAGUCUUUGCCGUCAGUG